AUGAUACAGAUAAAAGGAUGGCUUAGAUGUCCUGUAUGCGGAAUUGCUAUAAAUAAAGUUAAUGGGUGCCAAUAUGUGGUAUGUACGUCAAGUAAGUGCCGGGGAAGGACUUAUUUAUGCUAUGAAUGUGGGCAAAAAAUGGACUUUAUCCAUCAACGGCAUGAAUGUAAAAUUCGCGAAGAACUUGUGCGUGCAAUUGGACAGAAUGAUAAACAUGAUCGCGAUGAUGGUAAUAUAUAUCUUGGAGGUCUUCUUCAUAUUAGAAGAGAUGUUCGUUCUCCUCCGCCACCUCCACGUAAUCAAAUUUUGUAUAUUAAGCCAAGAAAAAAUUAUCCUUGGGGUAAAAGCCCUCUACAAAGGAAAAGAGAACCCAAGCCAAAUCUUCAUGGAAUUUUACCUUUGAUGGUCGAAGGGAAAAAAUUACUUAAAGAUAAAUCUUAA